CUCAUAUCAAGGACCUAACGAACACGAGGCAGACAACUCUGACUCAACCCUGAGACAGAGAGAGAGACCUCCCCAGUCCGUUACCUCGAUGCUGCAUGAAGGUGGAGUCAUUUGGGGGUAAAGACAGAGACAGAGAAGGAGAGUGGGAGAGAGAUGAGGAGAGAGCGAGAGGAGCAGGGCAACAGAAGAAGACAGAUGGAUUAUCUGACAUGCACCCGGAUUGACCAGCGUUCCUCUUUAAGUCUUAAAUCCUGUUUUUCCUCCUCAGAGUGAAAUCUGAAAAUGCUUUCCUGCACAUGUGGAGUGUAGCAGCUUUCGGACAGGUAGAUUGUGUGGUGCACUUUUUUUUAAUCUACUGGAACUAAGGAAUUUUACACAUGGUAAACUUACCACCUGGAUAUCAGUGAACUUUAUAUUUUUUUCUUUGACUUUGUUUUCUGAAACUAAGCAAGUGCCUGGAAACACGAGGGUCACACAGGAGCAGCCAAGCAUAAUAGUCAAAAUUUCACAAACAAUUUAGAGCGAAUUAGGUGACGGGAGAAAAGUGGAAAAGCAGGUUUGUUACUGGAAUACACACAAAUAGUAAUUGGUGUGUUGUUUUCCUGCUGAAUCUUUCGUUCAGACUGAUUUACUUUCCAAAACAGAAUUUUUGAUCUCCAGCCUAAAACCUUUCAACAGUGGAGACGAGAUCUCUGUGGAGUAUCAGCUUGAGACACAGUGACUUGUUAAACAGUCAUUACUCUAUCAAAAGUAAUUCAGAGGGAAAACUAGGAAUUUCAGACUCUGCAGGGGGACCAUCUCUCCCAGUCUGGACUGUGGAGGGCUUCCCUCCCUACCCUCCCAGCCUAUCCUCGCCCCCAGCAGCAUGUCCCAGGCUCUGAGGCUGCCUCUAGUCCUCCACACAGCACACUACCAUGAUCAGAUGGGCUGCUGGAGGGAGUAAGGCUGCCUCUGCCUCGUCCUGCUCCAGGGCUGGGCUAGGGGCUCGUUCUGGUUUGGAAACCAUCCCCAGACAAAGGUCAACAUCAACACUGCUUCCCUCCCUGUCUUUGCCUCUCCUAGUUGCCCUGGUGGUUUUUUCCCUCUCCCUACCCGGGGCAGCCUGCCAUAACCUCCGCAGGGACAAACCAAGACUCGCCAACCCACGAACUCUCAGGGUUCCACUGAACAUUUCAGAGGCCGAGGUUGUCUCUAGGCCCAGGGCCACUGGGGGCCCCCUGGGUCGGACUGGGGGGCUGCAGGGUAGGCAUGUGCGCAGCUACAAUCAUCUCCAAGGGGACAUGCGGAGGAGGAAGCUGUUCUCUUUCCAGAAGUUUUUCCUGAGGAUCGAUAGGAACGGAAAGGUCAAUGGAACCAAGAGCAAAGAUGACCCCCUCAGUAUUCUGGAGAUCACAUCGGUGGAUGUGGGAGUGGUGGCCAUCAAAGGGCUGAACAGCAACUACUAUCUGGCUAUCAGCAGGAAGGGAGAGGUGUACGGAGCGAGAGAGUUCGGUGUCGACUGCACCCUGAAGGAGCGGAUUGAGGAGAACGGCUACAACACGUACGCGUCAGCUGAGUGGAAGAACAAGAAGCGGCAGAUGUUUGUGGGCCUGAAUGUCCACGGGAAGCCGCUGAGAGGGAAGAAAACCCGCAGGAAGAACACGGCCACCCACUUCCUUCCAAUUAUGGUGUGAGCUGGAGGACUUGAGCGGAGGAGGAGGAUAUGCAGCACUGGACAGAGAGGUUUUCAAUACUGAAAAAAAGCUGUAAAAUAAAGACAAUCACUGAGAAAUCUCUCAUUUGGAAACAAGGCACUAACACUGUUACACACAAAUAUGGUCUCUGCCCUUGACUUUGACUGAGAUCAUGUACUUUAUUUGGUUGGAGACAAUGAUUUCUGUGUUUUCUGUGGCACGGGAUGCAAUAUUUAUCCUUUUUUUCUGUGCCAAACACUUUGCAACUGGAGUAUGUGUGUGAUGUGGACAACACAGGAGAUACUGUCCCAUCUAAUGUACUGUGGUAGAUGCAGAAGAUGUUAUUUAUAAUCCAUAUGCUCCUGUGAGACACCAGAUAAUCCGCAACAUAAAGAGGAGAGAUAGAGAAUGGAUAAGAUGAGGGAAAUGAUUGGUCAGUGUAUCACGACAGCGUUAAAUAAUAGAGGAUACACCACAUUUAAAGCAAAUGUUUGAUACUUAACCACUGUGUUUUGACUGUAUUGUAAUGAUUUAUUUAUUUUGUGAAAUAUUUAACUGGAGGGGAACACUUACACGGCAAGCAUUCCUUUGCAUUCUUUACUUUUUAUAGGAACUCUAUUAUGUGAAAAUAAAAUACCACUUUCUCCUCUG